GGAGCUGCUACAGCAAGAGAGACCCGGCGAAAGUUGACGACAACAAAAUGACUGCAUUCGAAGAGAUGGCUGUUAUGCCUGAGAUUGCCAAGGCAGUUGAGGAGAUGGAUUGGAGUCUUCCUACAGAUGUCCAAGCCGAGGCUAUCCCACUAAUUCUUGGCGGAGGAGACGUCCUGAUGGCUGCUGAGACUGGCAGUGGAAAAACUGGGGCAUUUAGUCUUCCAAUCAUCCAAAUUGUGUAUGAGACACUGAAAGAUAUAAAAGAAGGGAAGGGAGCAAAGGCAGGGGCUGGAAAAGCUGCAGUUGCAGGAAGUACAAAAUGGGGUAUGAACGUAUUUGACAGAGGAGAGGCCAUGGCCAUUAAUCCUGAAGGAUUACUCUGUCAGAGCAGAGAUCAGCGUGGGUGGCAUGGCUGCCGUAGCAACAAGGGACUGCAUGGAAAAGGAAAAUAUUACUAUGAAAUGAAAGUCACAGAUGAGGGCCUAUGUAGGAUAGGCUGGGCCACAGAGAAGGCCACACUGGAUUUGGGCACCGACAACCAGAGUUUUGGGUUUGGUGGAACUGGGAAGAAAUCUCAUGGAAGACAGUUUGAUAAUUAUGGAGAGUCAUUUGGUUUACAUGAUGUCAUUGGCAGUUGUCUGGACUUGGAUAACUUCACCAUCAAGUGGUCAAAGAAUGGUGUUGAUCUUGGGAAGGCUUACGACAUUCCUCCGAACAUGAAAAAUGCAAAUUUCUAUGCUGCCAUAUGCUUAAAGAAUGCUGAGGGCCUGCUGAAUUUUGGGGAGACUCCCUUUGCAUAUCCACCCAAAGAUGGCUAUAUAGCUGUUGAUGAAGCACCCAGAGACUGUGUGGUAUCGUCGAGAGCAGGGGGAUCUACCCCUGCCACAGCUCAGCAGGCACCAAACGCUCCACAAGCUAUCAUUAUUGAGCCUUCCAGAGAGCUUGCAGAGCAGACUUUAAACCAAAUUCAAAAGUUUAAGAAAUAUCUUGAAAACCCAGUUAUCCGAGAGGUGUUGUGCAUUGGUGGUAUAGCAGCUAGGGACACUAUUAAUAGUCUUAUGGAUGGGGUGGACAUUGUGGUUGGGACACCAGGUCGCUUGGAAGACCUCAUCUCCACUGGGAAAUUACUGCUGUCUUCUGUCAGAUUCUUUGUUUUAGAUGAAGCUGAUGGUUUACUCUCUGCGGGAAACAAAGAUUUGAUUGAUAGAAUUCAUCAGCAAAUCCCAAAGAUUACUAGUGAUGGCAAACGAUUACAGAUGGUUGUCUGUUCUGCAACUCUGCACUCUUUUGAUGUGAAGAAACUGGCUGAACGUCUAAUGCAUUUCCCGGUGUGGAUAGAUUUGAAAGGACAAGACUCUGUACCAGAGACGGUGCAUCAUGUUGUGUGCAAUGUGGACCCACUUAAGGAUGUCAGUUGGAAGAUGUUAAAGCGCCAUGUCCAGACUGACGGAGUACAUGAGGCUGACAGAUAUAUGCCGCAAACUCCAGAUCAAGAGACCCUUUCUGAGGCCGUGAAGAUGCUGAAGGGAGAGUAUCUUAUUCGUGCCAUCCAGGAACACAAGAUGGACCGCGGCCUCAUCUUCUGCAGAACUAAGUUGGAUUGUGACAAUAUGGAGCGCUAUUUCAUCACAUAUGGAGGCGGUCCUCAUCAAAGAAACAGCCCAUUUUCUUGUGUGUGCCUACAUGGUGACCGGAAACCACAAGAGAGAAAGGCCAAUUUGGAAAAGUUCAAGAAUAAUGAGGUCAGAUUCCUCAUAUGCACAGAUGUGGCGGCCAGAGGUAUUGACAUCCACGGACUUCCAUAUGUGAUAAAUGUGACACUUCCAGACGAGAAAGAAAAUUAUGUUCACCGAAUUGGCAGGGUUGGUAGAGCUGAAAGAAUGGGAUUGGCCAUUUCCUUAGUUUCUACAGUAAAGGAAAAGGUGUGGUACCAUUCAAACUGUCAAAACCGUGGCCGUGGGUGUUACAAUACUGACCUCACCAUUCAUGGUGGCUGCUGCAUUUGGUAUGAUGAACCAAAGUAUCUGGCCGACAUUGAGGAACACUUGGGAGUGACCAUUGACCAGGUGGAGCCUGACCUCAAGGUACCUGUCAACGAAUUUGAUGGAAAGGUGGUCUAUGGGCAAAAAAGAACAGUUGGGGGGAGUGGUUACAAAGGUCAUGUGGAAAUGCUGGCACCAACAGUUUCUGAACUAGCAGCCCUGGAGAAAAAGGCCCAGACCUCCUUUAUUAACAUGAAGUACAAAAAGACCCUAGUGACGACCAGAUAAAGAUGUUUUAUUUGCCUGUUGUCUAUUUGUGGCACUGUUCUGCCUGACCUUCACAUCUUUUAAGUUGAAUUUGCAGUUUCAGAAUCAGGCGAAUUUAACAAAAAAUCCACAGAAAUCCUUAUUAUAAAAUAAGGUAAAACAUGGAAUCCCUUUGAAAAUAAGUUUUUUUUUUUUUUAUUAGUUUUGGUUUCCAGAUGUCAGUGCUUAAGUAGAAUUAGCCUUUCUGUACUGUGUAUGUGCAGUUUUGUGACCAGAAUCGGAUAUAUAUUCAAACGUUUCAUUCAAAGAUGUUUGUUAAAAAGAGAGAAUGAAACGCAAAAGGUUUUUUUCUGAAAAUACAAGCUUUUAAGAACAGUGUACAGAGACAUAUACAAAGCAUUGCAUUCUGCUUAAAAGCAUGAAUUUUAGUUACAGUAAUGCUGUGGUUACAGUAAACUGAAAUGGAACUUAAUGAAGAUAAACUCUUACCAUCACUUAUGAUGAAAAAAUAGAGAUUUCACAAAAAAUGCCAAAAUACCAUUAUUGCAAACCGAGUUUUGUGGAGGUUGAGUAUCCACUUUGUAAAAGUGUAUGCUCAGAUCAUUCUGAAUGGCUGCUGUAUGGAGUUCAGUAGAAAGUGUUCAAAAUCAUCUUUUCUGACUUUAAUUUCUUAUGGUACUAAUUGCAAAUAAAGAGCUCAAAAGCUGG